CACCUGACGCGACAUUCCUGGGGUCAGGAACAACACAGAUGAUAGACAUUACACGGCAGGAGACAGAUAUUGUAAGGCAGGAGACCAUUGUUUUACCACCGUAUCUGGCAGGUGACAAUGUGAAACUCUUGAAGGGUAAACAUGUGUGUAAAUGUGUGGGUCUGUUUGUGACGACCCAAGUUGUUCCUAGGUACCCGGCCUUGGGUAACCUGAUCACACACUCGAGUAGGAUCAUCGACUGUGUCGGUAUGGAUAGUUACUCCGACUGUCUAUGGAUGUAUAGUUCUAGGCCCAGGACCUCAAUAAAGAUACAGACUCUAAGUAUUUAAUAAUUCACACCCAUGAAGAGGUGAUACACAUAUCAAGCUAAAACGUAUACAAUGUUCUGAAUUGUAUACCAACAAAAUGUUAAAUUCUCAACAGAAAAGGACAGUUCAAAACAUCAUCAAUAUUCUGUCAGUAACACUAUCUGACAUGUCUGUAUUUCAAUGAAUAAUACAUAUGUACACACAGUAGAAGUGAAGAGUGCACUUACAAUAACUAAUACAAAAGUGACAUGCUUCCUUCGAGUUUGGAGUGUAGGAGUGUGAUUUAAAAAGUAAAAUGGGCUGCCAGCUUGGAAGCGAGGUUCAAAAUUCCAAUUUUGAAACAAGUCCUCGCCAGGAACAGAAAGUGAAGGAAAUAAACCGGGAAGUUAUUCCAGUGUUCCUCCGGGAGCAGUCCACACAUAUGCAUGUGGAAAAGACUCAAUUCCUUCACACACAUAACAUCCAAUCUCUGUGUGCGACAGAUGACGGUGUGUGGAUUGCCUCCUCUGACAGUACAGAGUUAGUAGAGAUGGACAAUGACGGGGAGAGGGUGCGCAGUGUAGAGAUGGUCAGUGGCAUCGAAGGCAUCAGUGUGAGUCCCCUCAGCGGCCGUUUAUGGAUGUGCUGUGAUGAUUCUACAAUCAGAGAAAUGACACUGCCCGAAUCUGCUGAUUCUCCACCAGAACCAGCACAGAUACGAUUUGAAACAGGCUGCAUGUGUAUCUGUGUGACGUACAACGAAUAUAUCGUAAUUGGUACCUAUAUGGAUGUUACAAUUUAUUCACAAGAUGGAGAAGUUAUUUUAUCUUCGCAGAAUGUUCCAGGCUCUCAUAUUGUAAAACCGUACAAAAUUGCAGCAUGUAAAAAGACACGUCGGAUUGCUGUAGCAGAUUGGGAUGAUGCAGUGUGUGGAGGGGAAGACAAUCCAAAUGUGGCCGUCUUUAAUGACCGCUUAGAAUUUCUACACAGAUAUAAUGGCGUAACAAAAUUGCUUAAAAAGAGAAAAAGUGAGACGACCCGGUUUCUACCCUAUGACCUGUGCUUUGACCCCCAGGGUCUGCUGCUAGUGGUGGACUAUAAGAUAAGGUGUAUCAAUGUGAUUGACACGGAGGGCCGCUUCCUCCGCCUCCUCCUGGCCCUACCAUCUAGUACAAUGUCACCCAUCUGUCUCAGUUUCCAUGACAACCAGCUCUGGGUUGGCUGUUCCGACAAAUCUCUCAAGGUGUACAAGUAUGAGGACCUUGCUGAAAACUGAAAGGUAUCCAAUAUAGACUCAAAGAGAAUUGAUAGUGUUUUAAAUAUUAUUUCAGUGAGAGAUUCACAGGGAAUGAGGGUUAUAUGCGUCGUGUCAGAGAUUCAGAGAGAAUGAACAUAAUGUUAUAUAUGUUGUGUCCUAAGAUUCAGACAAUGGAUUGAAUAUGUUAUACAUGUUAUGUUUCGAGAUCCAGAAGAUGAAAAAUGGUAUACCUGUUGGGUCACAAGAUUCAGAUAGAAUAGCUGACAACGUGUUGUACAUCCUGAACUGUCCACUUUGAGAGUAAUGAGAUCACAGAUGUUUGUAACCCCUCCUGACCCAAGUUUUGAUACGCGGGAUAUACUAUUUCCUUAUUUACAGUUGUUGGAAACAAAUACCCCUGAGCUAAUUUUAAUUCCCCUCCUUACUGAAACUUGAACAAGCUAAUUAACACCAGCACCCACCUCCCCAACUUUAAUACCAUUUCUGACUCAAAGUUGGCUACUUGUAAGCUAAACCUUCUAACUCCACCCUUGAGGUGCCAAUUACCCUUCCUGAAUCAAACUUUUAUAGGAAGAAUAUCCCCCCUAACACAAACUUUGAUGAACCAAAUAGGUACCCUUCUAACUCAAACUUGAAAAAGCUCAAAUUCCUCCCACUCCACUCAACCUCCAACUUUAGCUCUGAAGAGUAAAAUACCACUCCUAACUCUGGUGAGUCAAAUACUUUUUAACUAAAUAUUGAGGAGUCCACUUUACUUCUAAUUUGGUCACUAUCUACAUUGUUUCCGUUAUCACAAUACAUGAACACUCCAACAAUACCUUUACUAAAAUUCUUAUCCUGAGAUUUAUAUAAUUCCUUAACAAAAGGAAUGCAUUACUUAGUUGAAGAAUAAUUUUAACAUGUUUUGAAAUAACUGUUUUUCCUUUGAGAUAUGAACAGUUAACUCAUUCACCCCUGAAAUUCCAUAAUGAACUAUUCCAACCAUGAAUUGGAAGAGCUCAAAUGUGUCUUCAGGGGUGAAUGAGUUAAUAGGAUAUUACUGUAUCGAGUAUCUAUAUGCUGAAGUGCUGUCUGUUACAGGAGUAAGACCUGUUAUUAUAGGUGUUUCUUAUCAAGCUUUUACGGUAUUACUGUCCUUUCAGCUUUCAGCCUCAUCCUAAUGUGUCCUCUAUAUUUCACCUCAGAAUUAUUUUUUGUAUGUUUUUGUCAGGGUAAUUUUGUAGCAGUAUUGUUCAUUUUAAGGAUCCCUGUCCCACUGCACUGCCUAAUUUUAAGGAUCCCUGUCCCACUGCACUGUCGUUUUUACUGUGUACAGUAAUCUCCCUUUAACUUCCGUUUGGAUAUGACUGUAGCACAUUUGGGCUUGUACACUUCUGUUGAUAGCCAAUUGGUGUAACUAUCUACAGUCUAUCGAUCAAAUCUAGUUUUAGCUAGCCCCGCUGAAAUUUUUCGACACUCAGAACACACCUGUUGAUUAUGUUUUGUUCAUUUUAUCAUUUUUGCAUCCUGCAAGGUAUGGUUUUACUUUUGUCUACAGUAUUGUAAUGUAGGCAAUAUACAUAACAAUAUCAUAGUCAUGCAGGGAAAAGUCAUUUCCAAUACUUUGUUACAGUUCAGUGGUUCAGGGAUCCUUAUAAGCACCCAGGGUGUUUAAUGUAGCAGAUACGGUAAAUUAAACAGUCAGUUUAUAUUUAUUAUAGAAUGCCAUAUCAAAGUUUAUUUAUGUUAAAUAUUUAUAUUAGAAAUGCCAUAUCAAAGCUACCAAAAGCUGCUUUUGAAUGCUGCAGUGUUUAUAACUGUUUGGUUGUAUGGAUGUUACUUAUACAUGUAUAUUUGAUGUCAACAUAUUGUUUUGUCAAGUUGUGUUCUUUUUUAAAAUCAGAUAUUAUACUCAUUACUGAUAACAACAGCUACCUCAUAGAUUAUGUAGGAAGGUGUAAAAUGGUGCCAAAAUAUCAUUGUCCAAUGUAAAAGUCAGGUGACAAAUGAAAACAUAUACACCUAAUUCAACAUUAUAAGCUCCUCUGGCCUUGCAAACACUUCUCGUAUAUUUUUGACAAACCAACAUGGAAGCACUAACCUAAGUAUACAACUGUUAUUGCAAUGAUUCAACCUAUUUACAAGAUUUGAAAGUUAUAACUUUCUCAACAAUAAUUUGAUCAUUUUUCUUUUUUAGCUCACAAUUAUCAAUUUAUUUUGGUUGGUUCAUAGAACAUUUAUGAGCUGAAUAUGAUUAUAUUUUCAAACCAACCUUUCUCAAAAUUGCAUGGAUGUUUAUAGAUUGAACCAAGUCUUACCAGAGACAUAUGUACUACAGAGUGGCUUUAUACGUCUCUGGUUUUACAGAUAUACAAUUUACAAAUCAUUCAAAUGUCACCCUGUCAGCAACUAACAAUUUGAUUCUAUUUUUUUGUGAAGAAUACUAUAUACAUGUAUUUCCAUUUUUAUGAAGAUUAAAUAAACUAUGCAGUG